AUGGGAGCUAGAACCUUACAGCGACUGAAUUCAGUUUUGGAAGCUGAGGCUGAGGCUUUGAGAUGGGCUAUCCUCACGGUAACCAAUCUCGACUAUCGCAUGGUGAUAUUUGAAACAGAUUCCAAGAUGUUAGUCGAGGCGAUGAUGGAUGAGAACCCUCGGCCAAUCCUAAGUGUGGUGCAACAAGACAUUCAAACGCUUCUCCCCCGAGUUCAAGCAUAUCAGCUGGUGUUUUCUCUGCGUGAAGGAAAUCGUGUGGCAGAUAGAAUAAUAGCUCAGGAAACUCACUCCUUUCAGGAUGAUGUUCCUAAACUGUAUUCGUGUAUGUCUGAAUGGAUUAUCCUUUUUAUUGAGGAUGAUAAAAUGACUUUGUAG